AUGCCAAAAGAAUUACUUGAACACUUGCUGUUGGAACAUGGGCUUGAUAAACCCCUUAAAUGUCGCACUUGUGGUCGCAUUAGCUCAAAUAUGGAUAACUUUGGUCGACAUCUCUAUUCCCAUUUUGGAAAUCAAUUAACUCAUGAGUGUCAAAUGUGUAAUAAAAAGUUUCGUGAAGUUUUGUUGCUUAGGCGACACAUCAGAACUCACACUGGUGAGAAACCACAUAUGUGUACACAAUGUGGACGUAGAUUUUUGAAGCUUGCCCAUCUAAAAGAGCAUGAAGCGACACAUCUUAAGAGCCAUGAGCGGCCAUAUAAAUGUGACAAAUGUGCCAGGGCUUUCCCAUCACGUGACAAGUAUAAAAGACACAUGAAAACCCAUGAAAGGCUCUAUCAGUGUCCAAUUUGUGGGAAAAGGUUUGGGCGGUCGCAACACUUGAAAAGCCAUGCAAUGAUCCAUACUGGAGAAAAGCCAUAUCAUUGCAAUGUCUGUGGAAUAGGCUAUACAGAUAUUAGAGGAUUUAAAAAACACCAGGAAAAACACAAAUGUGAUGAGAAAUCCAUACCUGUGAAUUCAACUGACAAUAAUGCAGUCAAAUCUGAGGAUUUCAAACAGCAAAUUAUGUUGGAUAAAACCAAACCAAAUAUAUUACAUGUUAGUGAUGCAGUCCCUGUUGCCAUGGAUGCCUUCCGAAAAUUUAAUGAUCCAACAAUUUUUAUCCCAGCUGCGCAACCCAGUACCCAAAAUAGUUCAGGCAGUUUCAAUCUCCAGGGCAUAGACUACAGCAUCAUACACCAUUCAUAUGAUGUUCAAUAA